CCAUAGGCUUAAGGUGCUUGACUUCUAAUCUGUGGGUUUCAAGGUUGAAACUCACACCAAAUAUGAUUGUCUCAUUUGGGCAUUAUAAUGUGAUUUUCAAUCCUACUAUUCAUUGGUAAAUAGUAGCCCAAAAGUUUGUGGUGGAUGAUAUUGUCUAGCUGCCUUUCAUCAAGUCUAUCCCUUCAAAAAUUAGGGACAACAAACACAGAUAACCCUCAUGUAGCUUUGUGCAAAAUUUGAUCAACAAACUUACUUAAAAAAAAUAACCAGUGGGACUUGUUUUUGUUUUUUCUUUCAUAAAUAUAUAAAGUGACUAUGUUAUAUACUUAGUUAUGCUACAUGCUCUAUAGCAGACCUUCAUACUUCUUAUAAUUGUUAUACAAAUAAUUGUUUUUAUUUUUUAAUUUGUUUUACUUCCCAUUCUAGGUUCAGUAUUCCUAUGCUGUCAUCCAGCUCCUAAUGAGUCAUCUGGAUGAAAAGUCUCGGGUGGGUGAUGUAGAACAAGGAAAACCUGGAUCUCGCUUCUGUGCAGAUGCUAAAGUACGUCGAGGUAUUGUCAUUGUCCUGUCACAUAUUGUUACUAUAGCUGCAGGAGAAAGUAUUGGCCCCUCUGUCCUUGAAAUGUUUAACUCUCUUUUAAAUCAUCUUCGGAACUCUAUUGAUGUUCAUAGCUUGACUAAUACAGACCAGGAGGACGAAAAGCUAUUCCAAGAAUCAGUCAUCAACACAUUAGGUGAGUUUGCUAACAAUUUACCCAACUACCAAAAGAUUGAGAUCAUGAUGUUCAUAAUGGGAAAGAUCCCGCAAUCGGGAGAAGAUUCUCGGAAGACAGAUGUUCUGUUACAGCAUAUUUUAUUGAAAAGUUUGUUAGAGGUUGGUACUAAAUAUCGAACCAUACAGCUGGCCCAAGCUUUUCCAUCUCCAUUUCUCCAACCAUUGCUAGAUAUGUCACUAGCAUCUGACCCAGCUGUUCGAUUGGUUGUUCAGCAGAUUCUUCACACAUUAUUAGAUCGCCAUGGAAACAUUCCAAAGCUUCAAAAACCAAAUAUUGAUGGUCCACUGCCUCCAAUGACUGUAGACAAAUGUUCACGUCAGGAUGUAAUGUUCAUGAAGAAAAAUGGCCCUGAGAUCAUGGUGCACAUUUAUGAAAAUAUUAAGCUGUGCAACAACACAAAAGAAAAUUUUGAAGCUCUUUACACAACUCUUGGUUUACUCUGUAUUGAAUUAGGUAGUGACUCGGAUGCUCUUGGUGAGCUACUGAGGUUAAUAUUUGCAAUUCAGGACUUGCCCAAUAUUACGGGAAUUAUGAUAUCAUCACAACGAGCAUCAAUUCAUGCACUAGUUGCAGCAUUCUUAUAUCUAACUGGUCAUUUGACAGCUAUUCCUUCUUUCUGUAGUCAUAUUGAACAGGUUAUCAAGAAUCGACGUGAAAAGGCUCAACAACUUCUUCCUAGAGAAGAUGAACCAGCUGUCAGUUCUCCAUUUGAAAUCUCCGAUGACUUUUUAUUUGAUAAGAAUGUUGUUUCUGAAGCUUUACGAAGUAGUGGCCAUGACACUUCCCGUCUUCUGACUCCAUUCAUGCCUCGUAGUCUUGCUGAAGUCAAUGUUAGUAGAAGUAUCAGUGACUUGAACUCCGUCAGUGUUGAGGUUGAUAGUAUUGCUUCGUCUCCUGGACUUUUUCGGAAACAUCCCCAGGAAGAAAUUACAGUUGAAUCAUUAAAGAAGAUGAUGGCAGAGCCUUUAGAAGUUCGUCACGAGGAAGAACAAAUGCGCCGCCUACAGAUUGUGGAACAGUUUCGUACUUCUGCAUUUGAGGAUCUUGUUGCAAAAACAGAGCAGCAGACUGUAGACCUGCAAAACAAACUAAAUGAGAUUCUUGGAAAGUUACCCCCAGCAGUCGAUCUGUGUAGUAGACCUAGCUCUCCUCAUCCAACAAUGCAUAAUGAAGAUUGUUUUCGUCAGUUCUCUCCAAUUCCACCACCAUAUCCUGUACAAUUCCCUGAGAUGUUCGUUUUUUAACCAAACCAUUUUUUGAAAUUACAUGCUAAAUGUGGUAUGCUUAAAUAAAAAUAGUUUAGGUAUUACAAGAAGUUUGUGGAAUAAAAAAUGAGUACAGAGCCAAUACACUAAAUUUGUAUUAGUAACAAAAAAUAACAUUUUGUAUCAUCGGGUGGAAAACGAAGUUUUAAAAUAAAUAUUAAAAAUGUGGUAAUACCAAAAAACAUAUUUAAUUAUAGAUGUUUCAGAAUUUCUUCAAAUUCCAUAAUCAGUGUUAAAACCUCAAAACAGCUAGUUCACAAUAUUCUAACUACAAAAAACAUCAUUAACUGUUGAGUGAGUUUUCAUAUUCAAUUGGAAGUUUUGAAAGAACAGAUGAGACUAAGUUGAACGGAUGGCAAAUGCCUGUUGUAGAAACACAAGUGUAGAGGAUGAUGUUUCAAAAUACUUCUGCCUUCAGGUCAGUGUGUGUAUGAUGUUGUCUUCUUUAUAAUAUUAUGGUGGAUUGUGGAGAGCACAUUAUGAGUGAUUGUUUUAUCCUUGUUUCUGAUUGGUGGAGAGACUUCCUGUAGAUUAAACCAAUGGUAGCUACAGACUACUUACCUCUAAUCUGGAAUCUCUGUUUAAUGAAAGUUUUAUUGUGUUAAUGUAAAACGAUUCUUUACUUUUUCUUGUCUUCUAAAAUUUAUCUGUAUCGAUGAUUCUUGUUUUUUUUCCCCAGUUUAUUUUGUGUCUGCAGUUGCUGAAUUUUGUGUUUUCACGAGUAAUGUACUGUCUUUAUGUUCCUUUGUUCUUGUCGUGAGUCUUCUUCCCAUUUCUCCAAUGUAUAUUUCAUUGCAGGAACAUGGAAUUUCAUAAAUGACCUUUGUGUUUCUCACUUGUAGAUAUUUGUGUGUUUUUCAUCAGAAUGGAUCUUAAUGUCUUGAAGGAUUUCCCCUGGACUUUUAUGUUGAAUUUCUUGGCUAUGUGUUUGAGUUUUUUUCUGAAAUUUUGCAGGUAGGGAUGUAAAUAGUAGUAGUGGUAGUGAAAGAGUAGAAAAGUAUCAUCGAUGUAUCUUUUAUAUAAUAAUUGUUAGAAAUAAAGGGGGCAAUUAUCCAGCCCUUUAUUACUGUUAAAGAUUCUCUUUCCUAUGUUCCAGAGAUCUAAAUUUCCAAAUGCAAACCAAUUCAUUAUGGCCAGCUUUGAUAUUCAUUCCUUAUUCACUAACAUCCCACUUGAGGAAACAAUUAAAUUAAUUAUUAAGCAGUUAUUUCCAAACAAAAAUGACCUGCACUCUAACAUUAACCAACAAAUAUUCAAACGCCUUCUUAAAUUAGUUCUCAAGGAUAAUCACUUCAUUUUUAAUGGUCAUCUUUAUGACCACAUAGACAGAGUGGCAAUGGGAUCACCUCUAGGUCUGACCCUUCCAAAUACUUUUCUCUGUUAUUACAAAUUUCAGUAGCUGGAUAAUUGUCUCUUUUAUUACAAACCAUUGUUAUAUAGAAGAUACAUUGAUGAUACUUUUCUACUUUUUCAGAACACUGAUCAUGGCAAGAAGUUUUUAGUAUCCCUAAAUGCACAACAUGUACGAACUUUGCAUGUGAGAUUGAAGAAAACAAUUUCUUUACCUCAUCUAUUUACUUUAAGAAAACAUUUACUGGCUUAUACACUCGUUUCAACAAUUUCAUAUCAGACUUCUUUAACUAUAACUUGUUCUAAAUCUUCUAAACAGAGCAUAUGAUAUCUGUUCUGACUACUUCUGUCUUCACUCAGAAAUUUCAAAAAUUCACAUCAUAUUACAAAGUAAUGGUUGUUCCCUUAAUUUCUCACACACUAUAACACAAAAAUUUUUAACUAAUAAAAUAGAACCUACCAAAAAGGCACACAUAUCUCAAAAUAUUAGUUCUUAUCACUCCUUUCAUUGGCAAAGUUGUUUUUUUUAACUCAAAUUCCAAAUUCAAAAGAUAAUCAAAACAAAGUACCCACAAAUAAAGCUACUUUUAGUAUUUGUCAACAUUUAGAAUUAAAAAUAUAUCUAAAAAUAAAGACACUCUACCCAUUCCUAUGCGGUCAUGGGCUGUACAGAUGUACACUUGUGGUAGCUGUAAAGCUACUUAUAUUGGUAAAACUACAUCUCUACUACAAAUACGAGCACAUAGGAAAUUUUAGCUAGAGGAGGAUAUAAGCUAACUAAUCCACCCGAGUCUUUUAUCAGAUUGCAUAGUGAGAAUAACAACCACUUCAUACUUCUAGAAAACUUUCAAAUUCUAGACUCCAAAACCACAGGUUAUGAACUCUUUUUAUUAAAGAAAGCCUCUCCAUCUUCAAUGAUUACUCAACAC